GACGCCAUGUCCAACUAAAGGUGUGGGAUGGAGAAGCAGAACAAAGUGCUGCUACUCGGAAUAUGGGCGAGUCCAUACACAAAAAGGGUAGAGUUGGCACUCAAGCUUAAAGGCGUAUCCUACGAGUAUGUUGAAGAAGAUAUGUUUAACAAAAGUCCAUUGGUGUUCAAGUACAAUCCUAUUCACCAAAGGCUUCCAAUACUUGUUCACAAUGGAAAUCCCAUUGUUGAGUCGAUUGUCAUCAUUGAAUACAUAUCAGAAACUUGGAAAAAUGGCCCCCCAAUUUUGCCUGCUGAUCCCUACAAAAAGAGCCAACUUCGCUUCUGGGCUACCUUCAUUCAUCAGUCGCAGUUGUUUGAGACAAUGGUUAAAGUUUUGAAAUCUGAUGGAGAAGAACAAGAAAAAGACAUAAACAAGAUGUUGGAGACAAUAAAGGUAUUGGAGGAGGGAGUGAAGGACAUUUUCCCAGACGACAACAACGUGGGAUACCUUGACUUUGUAAUAUGUUCAGUGUUUAGCUUCCAUGUUGCCAUGGAAGAGGUCCUUGGGAUUAAAAUGGUAGACUCGGAGAAGACCCCACUGCUACACUCUUGGGUGACGAAGCUAAACCAUUUAGCUUUGGUGAAAGAGACAAUGGCUCCCAACCACAUACUGGUUGAGGUUCUUAAGGUCGUCCGACAGAAAGCACUGAAAGCCGCUUCUGCUACUUGAUCUAAGAAAUAAGAUGUUAUUUUGUAAUGUUGGGAUAAUAAUUUCCAAGGCAGAUCAUGAUAAAAUCACUAUAUUUUUUUUU